UUGGUGUAACACAUAACAUCUUCGCGGUGCUGCAACCUUCCUGCUAGAGACAUGUGUACAUCAAAACGGAAAACUUCUUGUAGUUUAAUCGCUUUCGGUGCUACAGAAGACGGACUCUCCUGAAAUCCUCUUCACUGUUUCUCCAUCAUGAGUGGCUCAAAGCCGGACAUCCUGUGGUCUCCUCACCACCCCGACCGCUACGUCAUCUGCGACUCUGAGCUGGGCCUGUACAGCAUCGGACCUGUGGGCAGCACCGAAACAAAACCUGGCACUCUCUCCCUCUCUGAGGAAACUGCUGCUACGUUACUAGCCAUAAACUCUGACACUCCAUACAUGAAAUGUGUGGCAUGGUACCCAAAACAUGAGCCUGAAUGUUUGCUGGCUGUGGGACAAGCUAACGGCAGAGUUGUGCUCACCAGUUUGGGCCAGAACCACAACUCCACGUGUAAAGAGCUGGUGGGGAAAGAGUUUGUGCCCAAGCAUGCCCGGCAGUGCAACACGUUAGCCUGGAACCCGGUGGACAGCAACCUACUAGCAGCUGGGCUGGAUAAGCACCGUGCAGACUUCUCUGUCCUCAUAUGGGAUAUAAGCAGUAAAUUUGCCCCAGAAACCAGCGUAGCAGCUGAGAAAAUCCGCCUCUCGUCUGUUGAUCUGGACUCCAGCACGGUGGUGACCAAGCCGCUGUAUGAGCUGGGCCAAAACGAUGCCUGCCUGUCCCUCUGCUGGCUGCUUCGAGACACGAAGCUGCUCUUGGCUGGCAUGCACAGAAACCUCGCAAUAUUUGACCUGAGGAACACGAGCCAGAAAACGUUUGUGAACACUAAGGCCAUCCAGGGGGUGACGGUCGAUCCACACUUUCCCGACCGCGUGGCGUCCUUCUUCGAAGGCCAGGUGGCCAUUUGGGACCUGAGGAAGUUUGAGAAGCCGGUGCUGACCCUCACAGAGCAGCCAAAGCCUCUCACUAAGGUGGCGUGGUGUCCGACUCGCACCGGCCUUCUGGCGACGCUCACACGCGACAGCAACAUCAUCCGCCUGUACGACAUGCAGCACACUCCCACCCCCAUCGGCGACGAGACAGAGCCCACCAUCAUCGAGCGAAGCGUGCAGCCCUGCGACAGCCAGAUCGGCAGCUUCGCCUGGCACCCCUCCUCCCAAAACCGCAUGGUGGUGGUCUCCGCCGCCAACCGGGUCAUGACCGACUUCACCGUGUUCGAGCGCAUCUCUCUGGCCUGGAGCUCCACGGCGUCGCUCAUGUGGGCCUGCGGCCGACACCUGUACAGCUGCGUCGAGGACGAGGCCGAAGGGACGGACGGCGAAGCCGAGAAAGACAUCGCCACCAAGAUGAGGGAGCGAGCUCAGUCCAGGUACGGACACGACACCGUCCAGGUUUGGAAGAACCACCUGCUGGCCGGAGGGAGCGACCCGCAGCUCAGGUCGUUAUGGUUCGACCUGUUCUAUAUGAAGCAGUGUUCAGAGGACGCCGAGCUGAAACUGCCAGGAAACAAGCAGUUUGUGGUUUAUUCCGGCAUCAAGAACAUUGUGAAGACGAGCUCCGGCACGACGGAGAGCCGCAGGUGCUGGAGCGGCUCGGACCGGCAGACGGACGUAACCCGCUUCCAGAGCGACGAGCGCUGCCUCGCCCUGCGGCUCUGCGGAUGGAUCAGCCGCGGUUCGGACAUCGACGUGGAAACCUUCCUGCGGUCUCUGGAGCAGGAACGCGAGUGGGAGCGAGCGGCGGCCAUCGCUCUCUUCAACCUGGAUAUCCGCCGCGCCAUCCAGAUCCUCAGCAAGGGAGCCAUCGCCGAAAAAGGCGACCUGAACCUGAACGUUGUAGCCAUGGCGCUGUCGGGCUACACCGACGAGAAGUCGUCCCUGUGGAGGGAGAUGUGCAGCUCUCUGCGGCUGCAGCUGAAGAAUCCCUACCUCUGUGUCAUGUUCGCCUUCCUCACCAGUGAGCCUGGAGCCUACGACGGCGUGCUGUAUGAGAGCAACGUUGCCGUCCGGGACAGAGUCGCCUUCGCCUGCAUGUUUCUCAGCGAUGCUCAGCUGCCUCGUUACAUCGACAAACUGACCACUGAGAUGAAGGAGGCAGGAAACCUGGAGGGAAUCCUGCUGACCGGACUCACCAAAGAUGGCGUCGAUCUGAUGGAGAGCUAUGUGGACCGGACCGGGGACGUCCAGACGGCCAGCUUCUGCAUGCUAAAGGGUUCCCCUGGCGACGUGUUGAAAGACCCUCGGGUCCAGUGCUGGAUCGAAAACUACCGCAACCUGCUGGACGCAUGGAGGUUCUGGCACAAACGGGCCGAGUUUGACAUCCUCAGAGGCAAACUGGACCCCAGCUCCAAACCGCUAGCUCAGGUGUUCGUGAGCUGUAAUUUCUGCGGGAAGUCCAUCUCCUACAGCUGCUCUGCGAUACCUCAUCAGGGCCGCGGCUUCAGCCAGUACGGGGUCAGCGGGUCGCCCACCAAGUCAAAGGUCACCAGCUGUCCUGGCUGCAGGAAGCCUCUGCCGCGCUGCGCACUCUGCCUCAUGAACAUGGGCACACCUGUUUCCAGUUGCUCAGGAACUGGAAAGUCGGAUGAGAAAAUGGACUUAACGAGGGAGAACAAACUCGCCCAGUUCAGCAACUGGUUCACCUGGUGUCACAACUGUCGACAUGGUGGCCACGCCGGUCACAUGCUGAGCUGGUUCAGAGACCACACAGAGUGCCCGGUGUCGGCCUGCGCCUGCAAAUGCAUGCAGCUGGACACCACAGGGAACCUGGUGCCGGUAGACGGCAGCUAAACGGGACAGGCGUGUCGGAAACCGAAGCUAAACACGAACCGGGAGCCAACUGGUGCAGACCGGCUGCUGCACCGGCACACCAGCAGGCGACGGCGACGACCCGCUCUGCAGUGGCUGCUUGGAUGGAGAGUUACACUGCAAAAACACAAAAUCUUACCAAGUGGUUUUGUCUGGUUUCUUUUGCAAAUAUCCUAGUAUGUUUGAAAUAAAACCAAACUAACAAGUAACCUUGUUAGUUACUUGUUAGUAACUAACAAGUAACUCGCAGCUCAGCAAGAAAUAGCAGCUCGUUUAAGUCAAUAAUUGCCUAAAUCUUAGAAUCUGACAAUAGAACUAAAACUUUUUCAAAAAUAUUAAGGAAUUAUUGACUUAAGAGCGCCUGUUUUUUGCUAAAAGUUACUUAUGAAUUAGUUUUGUCUUCUUUCAAAUCUACUAAGAUAUUUGCUCUAGAGACUAAACACAAAUAUGAACAUGUUUGUUUUUCGGAGUGAUGCUUGUAAGCAUUAGUCUAGGGAAUGUUGCAUCACACCAGAAGUCUAUAUGAAGAAGGGAAUCAAAGUGUGGGUAAUGAUUUGACUAACCAUGUUAAAGUGAGAAAGGGAGCAAAUACUAAUUUAUUGCUCUACUAAUAAAAAUCACUCAGGAGAAUCACGAGAGGCUGUGCUGCUUCCAGCCUCUUCCAGUCUAACCUGAAUCAGGAUGUUGUUGUUUUUAGCUAUACAGUCAGAUAUCAGGUCGUGCCAUUAUUCCUAAAGUGAGCUUUGUUGUGUUUCAGUCCGUAUUUAUCGUCUGCUGGAGAGAAAAAAUAAAUCUUCACAUACCUCAUAAAUGUUUUGUUCGGGGAGCGAUUACAAUAACAACACACAGCAAAAACAUCAAAUCUUACCAAGUAGUUUUAUUCUAGUUUUUAGUGCAAAUAUCUUAGCACACUUGAAAUAAGACAAGUAUUUUUUACAGAAAUGCAUGUGAGCUUGUUUUAAGUCAAUAAUUCUUUAGUAUUGAUGAAAUAGUUCUAGCUAAACUUGCAAGUUUUACAUAUAACAAGGGAAAAUGAUUAGUGAAAUAAUCUUCCAGUGGAACUAGCACUUUUUAAAAAUUAAAGGAAUUAUUUACUUGAAAGAAGCUCCUAUUUAUCACUGAACAGUUACUUGUACUAAGAUAUUUGCAUGUGUGUCAAACUCGAGGCGCGCGGGCCAAAUCUGCCCCACCAUAACUAUCUUUGUGGCCCACUGGGCCCUAUUGUAGGUCACGUAAUAUUAUUUUAUUAGUCAAUUUAAAUCAGUUUUUAUCUGUGUAUUGCCAAAAAAUAAUUUAAUAUUUAAUUUGAAGAAGUUCCCAAAUGCAGAGAAAGCUAUUUGUUUAUUUCUUUCUUUUUUUUUUUUUUUUUUACAUAACAGGUUGUGGCAGUCGAUAUUGGCUCUGAUUGGUUGUUUUUGGUUGGGAGUGGUGCAUUUCUUCAGAUGGUAGCGGCACAAACGGCCCUUUAAAUUCACACUAUGUAACUUUUAUAAAAAAUAUAUUUUUACAUUUAUGUUGAAACUGUCACUAUGUUGUUUGUCAUGAGACAUCUAAUCUGUGAAAGCAUUGAGCUCCUUUCACUUCUCACAUAAAGAGAAGCAAUCAGCCAGGAGGUGGGUCUUAGCGCUGUCCAUCACCCUCUGUAUGGUGCUGCUCAUCCUCCCAUUGCUCUCUGCCUGUUGUGAAUGCUAAGGCUAGCUAGCAUGGAUGAUGACAGGUUAAUGGUUUUCCUGUUUUGGCUAGUUUCUUUCUAUGCCAUUAGCACAUUUAGCAGCGAGUACAUGUGUGUGAUUGACAGCGCCAAGUCCCUCCUCCUGGCUCUGAUUGGUUGUUUUCUAACAGGAGUGUUGCAUUUCUUCAGAUGAUGAUAUUAGCUCAAGGAUAAGGCGCAGGAGCUUCAUGUUUUCACAGAUUAUCCGUCUCAUAACAAAGUCUGACAGCAUGGCUUAAUAUGUGCAAAGACAUAUUGUUUUAUUAAAGUUACAUGCUUUAAUGCCCUAAAAGAGAUCCUUGAUCUUGAUGAGUUUGACAUCUCUGCAUUAGAAACUGGACUUGAUAAGCGUUGGUGUUUUUCCAGUGAUGCUCUCCAGUGUGAAAGGUUUGCUGUGGAGGGAGGGCCGGGGGGCGGAUUAGAGACGUUGUGGAGGAAGAGGAGUGUGGGAGGGUGCAUCUGCAUUCACCAGCCUCCUCCAGGCCUGUGGUCUGUGAAAGAAGCUCCCCAGAAAACGGCAGCUGCUCGGCACCCUGACAAGACCCUCCAGAUUGUUCCCCUCAUAAAGAAGCUCAGCUGCCGGAACACUAUUGACUCAAAGAGAAAACGAGAGAACAGCGACUCCCCUCCCUCCUACAACCUCCACAUCAACACACUGCCCUGCUCUUUCUUUUCUCCCCUCGCUGAUGCCCAAAUUGCACCCAAAAUCUAUGCAUACCACAUGAAUCCAGGGAUGGCCGCCAUCUGUGGGGUAGCCGUCAUCUGUCAAUGGCGUUCGUGUCUUUCUUUGCGCGGCCUGAUUGUAAAUUGGGCGGCCUUCCCCAUAGCUGGCUAAAUCACUUAGUCAUGGAGGAGUUCACCGAGGUUCUAAAGGCCUGCGUUCCCCUUUGUGGGCCAUCUUGGGUCGGGGCGGACAAAUUGGUGAGCCCUGGCAAACAGAGCGGCUGGAAUUUCAUCCUUUUCACCCGUUUUUUGUGUUUUUGCCUAUUAAAUAAAUCUCAGUUGACAAAUCAAAGUGCUGUUGAAUUUUCCAUACGUUUGCAUAAUUUGUUAUAUGUUAACUUUUAUAGAUGCAGAUGUUGUGGUUUUGUGCUGAGUGAAUCUUUUCUUCAUGUGGGAACGUCAACAGAAUUUUAAAUUUUCACCUCACAGGACAUAAACUGGAAAUUCAAUAUAUUUUGGACACUGGAACUUUACUUUCAAAAUCCAACCAACAGGCUGACACAAAAACAGUGCCUUUUUAUAGUCCCCUAUAAAAAAGUUUUAUAGGGGACUUAUUAUGCAAAAUUUACUUUUUAAACAUUUUUAUGCUUUCACUUGGGUCAUAACUACUUCUAAAAUCAGUCUAAGCACUUAAAAAAACACCUUGCCGUUUUUUUGGCAGUAUGUUUUUUCUUUCCUUUUUUUGGUGUCUGCUGUUGAUUUUUAAAUCACAUUCGACGGCCACUGCGCCAUUACCUAGCAACCCAAGCUGAGUUCCAGCAUGUUUGGUCAGCUGGUUUUACUGCUGUAUAUGCUGUACAAUGGCUGCUGGAAAAGACAAGUGCUUUGUUGUUUACAUACCACCCAGAAACCACUUGCUACACCUUUCUUGAUUGUGCAGGAGGCUCCACUUCUGCUUUUCAAAGACGUAAGAUUGUAUAAUUGCGCAACUGUUGCAGGUAUUUUCAUGGAUGAGUGUAAAUUUUGAGUUGGGGGGCCACGGCCCGAAGCAGAUUAUUUGGAUUUAAAGUGACAGAAUAAAAUCUCAUAAUUUAAAAUUGAUUUCGUGGAAAAAAAAAAAAUUAUGAAAAUGUUUUGUACAGGCCACAGAAAUAGUAACUUUUUGUUUUCAGAUUCCUUGUAAUCUUUCACAUUGGUAAUCAAUAAAUCUCCAGGAGUUUGUCGUACAUUUUCUGUUCAGUCAUGGUACCAUAAAGUACAAAAACUUCAUGCAAUUUGAGCUUCAAAAACAGAAUGAGGACAAAGUUUCUAUCCAAUUUUUAAUAAAUCCAACAGAUCAGCUCUACAUCAUAUAGAUCUUAAUUUAAGCAGAAAGAGAUGAGCUUUUGUUGGUGUUAAAAGUAAUUUUUUUUUAGCUGCAGAUGCAUCUUUUACUAUUAGAAAUGCUAUAUUACAUUUUAGCAGUAAAAUGUUCCAUUAUUUAAUUAAAAAUGUAAUUAUAUGGUUAUUUGCUUAUUUUAUUGUAUUUCUUAUAUUGUACCAAAUACUUUUAAGUGGUUAAAUGCAGUGGAAUUUGCAGAAUAAAAUCAGAUUAAUCGAUUAAUAAAAUA